CUAACCCGUAUUUCACAAUCUAUAGUUGUUACAAAGUGCUUUAGUGGUCCAGAUAGUUGGGCAUCCUAUUCUUUUUAUAGGUACUCCUUCCACCAUAGAAGCUUCCGUAGUUGGCCUCUUUCCGUUGCAAACAACUUAAUGGAGAAUAAAAAAGGUUCUGCCCUCUCCCCCCACUUAUGGAUCGCUUAUUGGCUCUAUAGAUGGUCCUCUUCAGUGUUCAACCAUGUUCCUUUCUGUGAAGGCCACUUUUGUUGUUUGGCCCAGAAGUCUUUCCCCACUACCAACAGUUGUAUGCUUUUUUCAAGUAUUCUGUGGUGGAAAUCUUUUAUGGUUUUGAUUCUAUGCCUUCUAUUGUUGCUUUUUUGAAGUUUGCUCACUUCAUUAGCAAUUUGUUCAUGCAUCCAUUUUCUAUCCAGAUUGAAAACAAACAUACAAAUUGGGUGGUAAAUCAAGCCAAAAGCCAAAUAAUAUACGAUUUUAUGAAUCUUUAUUUGCUUUAUAGUUUAUCUAUAUCGAUCUUCUUGGUAAUACAAAUGUGUCCAUUUUGGUAGAUGUUAAAUGUAGAGUUUGGCAAAGCACAAUAGCACAUGAUAUGGGGACAGUUAUAAACUCUAUCCUACGCCUUAGAUUUCCGAGAUAAGAGACAGAUUCUUUUAGUUUCUUAAAGGAAAAGAUGCAAACGGGUGGGGAAUAGGAUGAUCAGCACAUGGGGAUGUUGGUGCAUGUUGCUUUUUCUCUAUAUUGAAAUUCUUUAGUUAUAGGUCAUUAUGUCAUAUUGUCUUAAAUGGGUCGGGUAGCGUAUCAAAUAGAUAAAGCUUAAGUACAAAAUCACAAUGAGGUAGUGACGUCCCAAAGUUCUUUUUAUUUGUAUUUGAUUUUUAUAAAUAAUUAAUUGUUUAUUAUAAAAAAUAAUAAUUAACCUAUAACUUUCUAUGUAAAACAAUUUUAGUAUUCUUUGACUGAUUUAUACAACAAUAUUCUAUCUUUUUAUCAAUUUACACGACCAAGUUCCGACCCUUUUACGGACAUCCACACUUAAAAUAUUACAUACCAACAAUUAUUUAAUUAAACCUCCUAAAAUUUAUCAACUUGAACGAUUAUUAAUAUUAUAGUAAAAUUAAAAUAUAAAUAAAUUGACUUGUAUUGUAAAGAGGGAAACAAAAGAUGUGCGAAGUUGAGUUAUAUGUAAUGAUAGAGCUUCAUCUGGCAUUGCCAUGUGCAUCUAGCAACUAGGUCCACUUCUCAUUAUUUCUCAUCUAUUCUCGAAUUAAACUAUUAAUCUAACUCUGUACUUCCAUAUGUCCCUCCAUAUGUUUCUCUCUCUUAUACACAAUAUAUAAAUGCCUACGGUGAACAGCAGCAGUCCAGCACCUUGCAGCACGAGAUCAUGGUCUAUCAGUGAUGAUUCGUUAAGGAGGUUCGUCUUCUUCGCUAGUGAGAGCUGUAUACAAGAUCUAUUAUCUGCUUCAGAUUCCAACAGAGCUGGAAACGGGAACGAUGGAUGGAAAGUACUGGCUUUUGAAGACGGAGUUGAGAUAUCCAAACGGAGGUCUGGAUCUGGAUCUUUUCAUGCUUUUAGAAGCCGAUGGUUGCUUAAAUCCGUGUCGACUGAACAGUUUAUCACAGUUGCAAACGCCAUUGAUGCUGCCAAGCAAUGGGACUCGGAUUUGGUGGAAGCAAGAUACAUCAAAGAUCUUGAUGAAAACCUGAGCAUUAUACGACUGAGAUUUGGGGAGAGUGCUAAGCCUGUUUUCCGUAAUCGAGAGUUCAUUGUGUACGAGAGACGCGAAACAAUGGACGAUGGGACUCUGGUGGUAGCUGUAGCUUCAUUGCCGAAAGAGAUAGCUGCAGGGUUGCAGCCAAAGCAGAAUAAUUCUAUAAGAGGGUUGCUACUGCAAUCAGGAUGGGUUGUCGAAAAGCUUGAUGAUGAUUCAUGCAUGGUGACUUAUGUAGUUCAGAUGGAUCCUGCCGGAUGGUUACCGAAGUUCUUUGUGAAUCGAUUCAACACAAAACUGGUUAUGAUCAUUGAAGACCUUUGGAAACAAGCUCAAGCUUGCUCUGCCAUUCCUUCCAUUACUGAUCCAUCAUGAAACAAGGGUCUACAAUUAUUAUAGUGAUACUGAGUGAAUACGGUUUACGUAUGAUUGUAUCAUGUCAUGAUGUUAUAUAUAUGUAUGAUAGAACAAAUCAAUCAAUUUUGAAGAGUAAUGAUAACAAGUGUGAAGUGUCCACCUCUUGUUAAUUUGAAAACAGAGAAAAACAUUCGCCAAAAAAAAAAAACAUUCUACACUAUUCAUCUUAUGAUGUUUAUUUUGACAAAUAAUUUAACUAAAGCUAAAAUAACAUGUUAUACCGCAUGAUCAAAACUUAUUUUAUACGGAAAAAAGACAAAACGAGAUUUUUCUAGCACUCUGUUUUUGUAUGUAUUUGUGUGAAAGGGGAGCGACAAAUUGACAGAUUGAAUACUCG